GCCCCACCUUUCCCCUGGCGAGCCGUGUCCGAUUGAAGGCGGGGGGCGGGGCCUCGGCGAACCGCGGGAACUGGGGCGGUUGUGUAAGGACCCCCCCCCCACCCCCGCACCGGGGUCGCGGCCGCGAGCGCGCGGAGACGGGGCCGAGGCUCCCCAGUUCCCGGUCCCGGUCAUCGCUGUAUGGACUGGUACAUGAUGAACUGCGAGCUGCUGGCCACCUGCAGCGCCCUGGGCUACCUGGAAGGCGAUGUCUACCACCGUGAGCCCGACUGCCUGGAGAGCGUCAAGGACCUGAUCCGGUACUUACGCCAUGAGGACGAGACGCGGGACGUGCGGCAGCAGCUGGGAGCGGCGCAGAUCCUGCAGAACGACCUCCUGCCCCUCCUGGUGCAGCAUCCGGACGACAAGGGGCUCUUUGACACCGUCCUCAGGCUGAUGGUGAACCUGACACAGCCGGCUCUGCUCUGCUUUGGCAAAGUGCCGUCAGAUGCCACCUCCCGGCACCACUUUCUCCAGGUCCUGUCCUACCUCCAGGCCUACAAGGAGGCUUUUGCCAGUGAGAAGGUUUUUGGGGUCCUGAGCGAGAAGCUCUACGACAUUCUGAAGCUGGAUUGGGAGCAGCGGCAGGAAGAGGACACACUGCUCAUUGAGAGGAUCCUGCUGCUUGUGCGCAAUGUGCUCCACGUCCCUCCAGACCCCGCGGAGGAGCAGGGUGUGGACGGCGAUGCCAGCGUGCACGACCGGGUGCUGUGGGCGCUGCACAUCAGUGGGAUGGAUGACCUGCUCAAGUUCCUGGCCAGUGCCCAGGCAGAGCAGCAGUGGGCUCUGCAUGUCCUGGAGAUCAUCUCCCUCAUGUUCCGUGACCAGAACCCAGAGGAGCUGGCGGCGCUGGGACAGGGGCCGGCGGCUGCCGAGCACAGGAAGGACACGCAGGAGCUGGAGAGCCUGCGGCAGCGGGAGCUGGCGGAGAAGAGAGCUCGAGCGCUGCAGCGCACGUCCAGGCAUUCCCGCUUUGGUGGCUCCUACGUCCUGCAGGGCCUGAAGGCGAUCGGGGACCGGGAUGUUGUCUUCCACAAAGGGCUGCACAAUCUGAAAAACUACAGCCAUGACCUGGGCAAGGAGCUGCGGCGAGUGCCACGCCGGCGCCAGGUUGUGCCCGAGGCUGAGCCUCCGCGCCGCUCUGCCCACAAUGUCCGGCUCUUUCUGAGCCACUUCUGCCAGGACUUUCUGGAGAGCUGCUACAACCGCCUGAUGCUGCUGGUCAAGGACCAGCUGGUGCGGGAGAAGGCACAGCAGCACGAUGAAACCUAUUACCUGUGGGCCACUGCCUUCUUCAUGGCCUUCAACCGCCACCGCGGCUUCCGCCCGGAGCUGGUGUCAGAGACCGUGGGUGUCCGUGCCUUCCACUUCAUCGAGCAGAACCUCACCAACUACUACGAGAUGGCACUGAUGGAUAAGAAGGAAGCAGUGACCUGGGCUCGCAGGAUGCAUCUGGCGCUGAAGGCGUACCAGGAGCUGCUGCGGACGGUGCAGGCCAUGGACCAAUCCCCCGAGCAGGCGGUGCGGGACAGCAGCCAGAUCAUCAAAAGCAACAUCUUCUACUUGAUGGAAUACCGGGAGCUCUUCCUCACCCUCUUUCGCAAGUUCGAUGAGACCAAGCAGCCGCGCAGCUUCCUGCGGGACCUGGUGGAGACAGCCCAUCUCUUCCUCCGUAUGCUGGAGCGCUUCUGCCGCGGUCGUGCUGGGUUGGUGGUGCAGAGCAAACGUGUGCGAAGAAAGAAGAAGCCGCGGGCACCCACAGCCGUUGCCCCGCAGCCACCCAGCACCGAGGAGCUGGAGGAGCUGUGGGAAGGGUUGGCCCCGCAGCUCCAGGCCUGCCUGCAGGGCGAGGUGCCCCUCCCUGAGGAUGUGGUGCCUUUUGAUGCCACCUCGGAGACACCGGUGGAGGAGCAGCGUGCAGAGGCUCUGCUGCGCAUCCAGAGCUGCCUGCGGGAUGCCCAGGCGCCCCGUGCGCUGCGGCUGCUCCGCUCCGCCAGGGAUGUCUGGCCUGAAGGGGAUGUGUUCGGACCUCUGGAUGCGGGACCACCUGAGGAGAUCCAGCUGCUGCGGGAGAUCCUCUUGGCUCCCUUACCCCGGCACGCGCCCCCUGAGGCUGAGGAGCCGGAGGAGGAGGAAGAGGAGGAGGAGGAGGAAGAAGAACAAGAAACCAUCCAGGUGUCAGAGAAGGAGUUCAACUUCCUCAACUACCUGAAACAGUUCGCCUGUGCCCCGGUGGUGCGGGCGUUGGUGCUGCUGCUGCAGGGUUAUGCCCGCAACAGCCCCCGCACCAACCACUGCGCCGUGCGGCUGCUGCAUCGCCUGGCCCGCGACCUGCACAUGGAGGCCCUGCUCUUCCAGCUCUCCCUCUUCUCCCUCUUCCAUCGUCUCCUCAACGACCCUGCUGCCGGCGCCCACCAGGAGCUGGUGGCCUUGGCCAAGUUCAUCUUGGGGAAGUUCUUUGCGCUGGCGGCCACCAACAAGAAAGCCUUUGUGGAGCUGCUCUUCUGGAAGAACUCAACGGCAGUCCACGAGAUGACCGAGGGCUACGGCUCCCUGCGCGAGGGCGAGGGGGCUGCCAGGAGCCGGGCCCUGCCCUGGACCCCGCAGGAGGAGCAGGAGCUGCGGGAGCUCUACUGGAAGUACAAGGAGGUGGAAGGUGAGGAUGUCAUCACCGCCAUCCUGGCCCAUCUCUCGGGACGCGGGCGGACGCGGAGGCAGGUGGUGAAGCAGUUGGUGCGGCUGGGGCUGGCGGGCAGCGCCAGGGACUUCCCGCGCGAGAGGAAGGGCACUCGCAUCGUGCUGUGGACGGAGGAGCAAGAGGAGGAGCUGACGCGGCUCUUCGAGGAGUUCCAGGACUCGGAGGACGUCCUGGGAAACGUCAUGAAGCGCCUGACGGCGCGGCGGUCGCGGGCUCGCGUGGUGGAGAAGCUGCUGGCGCUGGGGCUGGUGUCGGAGCGCAAGGAGCUGUACAAGAAGCGCCGGAGGAAGAGCCAGGGCGCCGCAGCGGGUAUGACGGGUGCCCCGGCAGUACCAGCCCAGGACAGCUCAGCAGAGGACAGGGACAGUGAGGAAGAAGACGAUGACGAUGAGUUGGAGGAAGGCCCCAUGGAGGAGCUCUGGGCAUCCGAGGACGGCGCUGGGCAGGGGCUGGCACAUCAUCUGCAUCAAGAAGGCCUGGCUGGGCCCCUGCGUUGGCUGGAGAAUUGUCUGCGGCGGACGGCAGGCGACCGCGAGGAGGAUGGUGUCUCUCACCCGGUGCCACUGGUGCCGCUCUCAGAGGAGAACGAGGAUGCCAUGGAGGACCGGCGCUUCCAGGCCCUGCUGCGGCAGCUGGGGCUGCGGCCGCCGGCCAGCGAGCAGGAAUCCUUCUGGCGCAUCCCGGCUGCCCUCACCCCGCAGCAGCUGCGCCGCGCGGCCGCCUCCAUCGCCCACCGCAGCCCCGACCCCUCGGGUUCCUCACGGGUGCUGCUGGAGCCACUGAGGUGCCCUCAGGACCCCGAUCCAGCCCGAACCCCUCCUCUUUGUCCAGCAGCAGAGCUGCCACCGGCACAGCUGGAAUCAGACUCCGAGAGCGAGGAGCCUGUCCCUGUCCCUGUCCCCAGCCCGGCUGCGGGCACCAAGAGACGCCGGGAGCUCAACAGUGAGGACGAAGCCGGGAACUUGGGUGCAGAGCUGGACCCCGUAGCCCCCCAGGAUGAAGAUGAGGACCCGCAGCCACUGGGGAGGCGGAAGCGUGUCCGCCGCGUGGAGGAGGAGGAGGAGGAGGAGGAUUGAGGGGCUCCUCCUGCCCUGCCCAGCCUCUGGGCUCUUUUUGUUUUUUAUGUCAGGUUUUAAAGCUGUUUUAAGGGUGCUGGAAAACAAGGGCAGCUCCACCCUAUCCUUUCCUAUCUCCAUUGCCCUGGUUUUACCCCAAACUCCCUCU